CAGUGAUCCGCGAAUUGGAAGUAUUAUAUUAGUAGCAGGUUUGACUGGUAUCACUGGCGUUCUUGUCGUGUUCACCAACCUCUUUUGUGUGACGUCAGCGGGGCAGCUGUCAUACGGGUUCUUGCUUGGACUGUACACUGGUGGCGUGUGGGUAAUAUCGGGAUCAUCCGCUCUCACUUUACUGGGCGUAGAAAGACUUGCAACCGGUUUCGGAUUGUUGAUGUUGUCCAUAGGUCUUGGCUACCUUGUUGGACCGCCACUGGCAGGCCUGGUGUUCCAAGUCAGCAGUCAGUAUGACAGCCUCUUCCUGUUCUGUGCUGCCAUGUGUUUCGCUGCCACCGUGUUUGCCUUUCUGACGGCCGUGACUGGAUCUGGAAGCGACAAGCUAGUAAACGACGCAAUGUCGCAGAAGCAGAUAGACAUUGACGUUCACGUUGACGUUGUAUGCAAUGACGUCGACUCAAGUUUCCACCUUGAAAACGGUUUCUGUGUUGACGUCAAGAAGCCACAUGUUGUUCCAGAGGAAGAAAAGCUUGUAUCAGAACAACAGUCAUGAUGGCAACUGAACCUUCAGGUGGCGCACAAACAUCGACAUAUUGUAACAUG